AUGGCGGGGAGCAUGGCCGACAGCGCCAACCACCUGCCCUUCUUCUUCGGCAACAUCACCCGGGAGGAGGCGGAGGACUACCUGGUCCAGGGGGGCAUGAGCGAUGGGUUGUACCUGCUGCGUCAGAGCCGCAAUUACCUGGGCGGCUUCGCGCUAUCGGUGGCGCACGGGAGGAAGGCGCACCACUACACCAUCGAGCGUGAGAUGAACGGCACCUACGCCAUCGCGGGUGGCAGGACACACGGCAGCCCGGCCGAGCUCUGCCACUACCACUCCCAGGAGUCCGACGGCCUCGUCUGCCUCCUCAAGAAGCCCUUCCACCGGCCGCCCGGGGUGCAGCCCAAGACAGGCCCAUUCGAGGACCUGAAGGAGAGCCUCAUCAGGGACUACGUGAAGCAGACCUGGAACCUGCAGGGUCAGGCUCUGGAGCAGGCCAUCAUCAGCCAGAAACCUCAGCUGGAGAAGCUGAUCGCCACCACAGCCCACGAGAAAAUGCCGUGGUUCCAUGGGAAAAUCUCACGGGUUGAAUCUGAGCAAAUUGUCAUGAUAGGAUCCAAGACAAAUGGAAAAUUUUUGAUCAGGGACAGGAACGACAACGGGUCUUACGCCCUGUGCUUGCUGCAUGAGGGGAAGGUGCUGCACUACCGCAUCGAUAAGGACAAAACCGGGAAGCUCUCCAUCCCCGACGGGAAGAAGUUCGACACGCUCUGGCAGCUAGUGGAGCAUUACUCUUACAAACCAGAUGGGCUGUUAAGAGUUCUUACAGUUCCAUGCCAGAAAAUUGGCGGGCAGACAGGAAACAUCAACUUUGGAGACCGCACGCCCCUCCCAGGGGGCCAUCCUGCGAUGUGGUCAGCGGGUGGAAUAAUCUCCAGAAUCAAAUCAUACUCCUUUCCAAAGCCCGGCCACAGAAAGUCCUCCUCAUCCACAGGGAGCCGGCCCGAGAACUCCGUGACCUUCAAUCCUUACGAGCCAGACCGGGGGCCCUGGGCCACAGACAAAGACGCCCAGAGAGAAGCCAUGCCCAUGGACACCGAAGUGUACGAAAGCCCCUAUGCUGACCCCGAGGAGAUCAGGCCCAAGGAGGUCUACCUAGACCGCAAGCUGCUGACCCUGGAGGACAGUGAGCUGGGCUCUGGCAACUUCGGGACCGUGAAGAAGGGCUACUACCAGAUGAAAAAAGUUGUGAAGACAGUGGCUGUGAAGAUUCUGAAGAACGAGGCUAAUGACCCGGCUCUUAAAGAUGAGUUAUUAGCAGAAGCGAAUGUCAUGCAGCAGCUCGAUAACCCUUACAUCGUGCGCAUGAUCGGGAUAUGUGAAGCCGAGUCCUGGAUGCUGGUUAUGGAGAUGGCAGAACUGGGUCCACUCAAUAAAUAUUUACAGCAGAACAGGCACGUUAAGGAUAAGAACAUCAUAGAGCUGGUCCAUCAGGUUUCUAUGGGAAUGAAAUAUCUGGAGGAGUGCAAUUUUGUGCACAGAGAUCUGGCUGCAAGAAAUGUAUUGCUGGUCACUCAACAUUAUGCCAAGAUUAGUGAUUUCGGACUUUCCAAAGCACUUCGUGCUGACGAAAACUACUAUAAGGCUCAGACCCACGGGAAGUGGCCGGUGAAGUGGUACGCUCCAGAGUGCAUCAACUACUACAAGUUCUCCAGCAAGAGCGACGUCUGGAGCUUUGGGGUGUUGAUGUGGGAGGCGUUCUCCUACGGGCAGAAGCCCUAUCGGGGCAUGAAAGGCAGUGAAGUUUCAGCUAUGCUGGAGAAAGGAGAGAGGAUGGGGUGCCCCGCCGGGUGUCCAAGGGAGAUGUACGAGCUGAUGAAGCUGUGCUGGACAUAUGAGGUGGAGAAGAGACCCGGCUUCGAAAACGUGGAGCUGCGGCUGCGCAACUACUACUACGACGUGGUGAACUAAGGGCCCCACGCCCUGCGCCGCUGCCGGGGGCAGGGGAGCGGUCACAGCAGACCCCGCCCAACGCAGGGAUUUCGAGAGCGUCCACCUCUCUCUCUGCCGUCGGGAGAGCCAGCCUCGUGCGGGACAUGACCGUUGUCCCCAAAGCCUGCCCCGGAGCACGCCCUC